AUGUGCCGAACCAUCAUCCUCCUCGUGCUUGCCGCGGGGGCAGAAGCCGUGAAGGCCCUCAAGGGCACUCGGCUGGCCAGCAACGUGGCGCUCAACCGCACCUUCGACUCGCCAGUGCCAAAGGAUGUAUCUGACCUUGAGACGACGGUGCAUGAGCUUCUCCAGCAAGAUGCUACGCCCUCGCUGGCAAACUUUGCAAAGCAGUUGGAGAAGAUCAUCGAAGAUGAAAUGAUGGCCGCCGUCAAGAAGGUCAAGGCCUCCUUGCAGACAGAGCUGGACGGACACUACGCAAGCGGUUACGACAAGUGCGAUACUUCAAUGCAGGGGAGCACGGAGGUCAGCACCAAGAGCAGCACUUUCUCAAGCGCAGCCUCGCAGCACUCCACGUGCCGCAAGGAAGAAGGCGAAGCAGAGACGGCCAAGUCCACGUGCGACAAGGAAGAAGCAGACUUGCUGUCCGAGAAGGAGAAGCUCUGCAAAGUGGUGUCAGACUACAACGCCAUCAACAAUGGAAACUGCGCCAAGCAGAGCGGAGAGACCUACGUCACCUACACACGCAGGCUGAAGGAAUUCUAUGAGGCCGAAGAGAAGAAGGGUAUCGCAGCCGAGGAGGCCUGCAAGAAAGCCACGGCUUCUUACCUGGAAAUUUUUGGGACAUGA